CUAGCGGAAAGCUAUCUAACUACCUCGAGAAAAGGGCGUUACUUGGCUACGCGUCUGAAGGCGAAUUUCGAUGGCUGUUUCCUUGUCUUAUCCUAAGUGAAAACUUGUAUCCAGCAUGGUACCUACUAAGGACUUAGUGAGGACCAGGCUUCAGCGGUACCACACCAACAAUGAUGACAUGUACCGUGAUCACCCCCUCGGUACCGCAGCAGUACUGGUACCACUGUUGUACAAGGAUGGCGCCCUGCACGUACUGCUCACUGUGAGGUCACGAGAGGUCAGGUCACAUAAAGGAGAGGUGUGCUUCCCAGGUGGUAAGACAGACCCUGAAGACAAAGACUCGAUCCACACGGCCCUGAGAGAAGCAGAAGAAGAAAUCAAACUUCACCCAGAAGACGUCGACGUCUUGUCCCAGACAGUUCCUGUCCCCGCCAGAGACGGAAUCCUCGUAACACCGGUCGUGGGUUUUAUUCCCGAUACUUUCCAACCGACUCCGAACAACGAGGUGGCGGAUGUCUUCACUAUGCCGCUAGAGAACUUUCUCCUGUCACAAGGACACAGUUCUAGAGACAUUACGUGGAAAGGAAACUCUGCACAGGUUCAUUACUUCCAGUAUAAAGAAAAGGACAAGACUUACAUCACAUUUGGUCUGACAGCGCAUAUAGCCAUGAUAGUUGCUGCUCAGAUCUAUGAAAGGACUCCAGAAUUUGAUCCUAAUAAUAGCAUUGCUUUAUACAUAGAAAAUUUGCGUGACGCUCGGAGCAGGACCUUUUCGAACAGUAGCAAAAUGUGAAUGUUGAUGAUACAAACAUACUUUUAAUGAACAGUGCCGUAACUAUAAUAUUACUGGAAAAGUCAGUUUGUGAGAAUGUAGUAAUAGGAGAUUUUGUCAGCAUAUUUACAUAUAUAUUUGUGUGUAUGUAUUUAUGUAUUGUGUAUAAUUUGAAUGUAUAUAUUGCCUAAUGUAUAAAUACAGGUACAAAUGCAUGUACAAAUCAUAGGAUUUGACAUAUUUGACAUUAUAAGAAAUGCGUACAACAAAUUUAGCAACAUAUUUUCUGAGAGCUGGAACUUUCAAAACAUUAUGAACAAUUAUUCAUAAUAUAUGUUACAAUAUUUGUUU